UCGGCAGUAAUUCACCGCGAUACGUAGGUUAUUUACUUCAUAGUAAGUCGAUUACUUCUGCGAUACGUUGGGUUGAACGUUCCUUUUUUCAGUAAGAUACGUUACUGCUGUGUUACCUUACUGUUUGGCUCGACGUCACCGCGAAACGCAAGUCAUUUACUAUCUCGCAGUAAGUCGAUUACUCCUGCAGUGCGGUACGUUACUGAUGUGCUACGUUGGGUAGUACUUUACCUGGUUACUGUUGCUGACCCCGGAGCCCGGAGGUGGCGCUUCCAGUUGCUAGAAGUGAGAGAGUUCUCAGUGAGAGAGCACUACACACUCCACACUCCACUCAGUCAGUGUUUCGCCUUUAGUUGCUUCAGCGAUGUCUUCAACGCUGUCACCUGUUCCUGCCGCGGCGCCCGCAUUUCUCCUGCUGCUAGCGUUGGUCAAUUCCUUCGCAGGAGCGGCAGACUUCCAGUGCCCGAGUGCCAAAUUCGGCCAGUACGAGGACCCGGUGCAAUGCGACAAGUUCUACGAGUGCGACGAGGGCCGCGCGACCCCCAAGCUGUGUCCUGACGGUCUCGUGUUCGACCCGCUCAACCGCAAGGUCAACAAAUGUGACCAGCCAUUCAACGUCGACUGUGGCGACAGAAUCGAAUUACAGGCGCCGAAGUCGAACCACCUGUGCCCGCGCAAGAACGGCUACUUCGCGCACCCGGACGCGGCCGUCUGCAAUGUAUUCUACAACUGCAUAGAGGGCGAGGCCACCGAAAUCACGUGUCCCUCGGGUCUGCACUUCGACGAGUACACCGGCACGUGUGUCUGGCCCGACUCUGCCGGGCGUUCCGGGUGCGGAGAGGCUGACACCAUGAAACUGAAGGACGGCUUCUCGUGUCCGAAAGACGCACAGGCGAGCCCGCACGGCCAGACAGUGGCCCAUCCGGUGUACGCUCACCCGCAGGACUGCCAGAAGUUCUACGUUUGCCUGAACGGAGUCACGCCCCGCGAACAGGGAUGCGCCGUCGGAGAGGUCUACAACGAAGAGACCCAGAAAUGUGACUCGCCCGAGAAUGUGCCUGGAUGCGAGGACUGGUUCAAAGACUCGCCGGAGGCCGCGCCAGCAGCUACAGGCAAGAAACGUCAGCGAAGAAGUUCAGCCUACCAUCGCAAGAUCCUUCUCAGGACAUCCGACUGAACAAACAUCAUAAGCCUACAUUGAUCAUCGAUUUAUAGUGAUUGUGAUCAUAAAACUAUUCAACCAGUUCGGGCCAUCUGUGAAUUGAAUGCAAUUCCAAUGCGAUAAAUCACAAUCUCAUUAAUUGGGCCAGAAUGAUUUUAUACUUUUAUCUCAGAUGUUCACGUUUCCAUUUUCCAUAUUUUCUUAUCAAUCGAUGCUGAUAAAGCAAACUUGGAUCUCUCCUUGGAAAUUGAUAAGAAACUGUGGAAAUCAAGCAGUCAUAAAUAUAUUAUAAAACUGCCAAUAAUAAUUCUCAUUACAAGAAAAAUUCUUGAGGAAAUGCAGAUAUUACAGAAAUACAAGUUUUCUAUACAGCAAUUUGUAAAACAAUACGUCGGAAAUUUGAGGAACAAUAUAACAAUAGCUUCGGUUCCAACUCAAUACUUCAUAGAUUUUAUGAAAUAUUCAAAACAAUACAAUAUUAUAAUGCGUCUUAAGAGGUUCAUAUUAUCAUAUAAAAUUUUGAAACAGUAGGGAAUAAUGAAUAAUACAGUUAUACACAUAUUGUCAACACAAGUUAUCAUGAAAAACGUUAUUCAUAAAUAAAUAUAAUCAGCAUUCCAUGGAGUUCUUGCACAAACCUUGCAGCUUUCAAUUUCAGGAAUGCUUAUUACAAGCUACGAUUUAGAUAUAAGUGAUUGUAAAUGACUGUAAAUUUAGGAUAAAUUCUGAAAUUUCUAGUGAAUUAUGAAUAAAUGUUUUGUAAGAAUAU